AUGUCGCUCCCAGAUUCGGAAGGCCAAAAUAACCUUCAUAUUGAUACCCCUGCUCAAACUAUUUCUUCCUGCGGAAACCAGCUAAAAGCCUGUGAUCCAGCUGAAGAGGAUACACCAAGACGGUUAACUGAUAUGAGUUCAGACGAAGUACAUUGUGGGUCAGAAUACAACAUGAUUGAAAAAAUUGCGAUUUAUUCAAGUAAGAACUGGGAUAAAGAUCUGUCAGAUACCAAAAGAUCAUCGUCAAAUGAUGAAACUAAGAUAAAAAAUCAACAAGUGCUCAUCCCUGUUGAUGAAAUUGGAAAUAGUAUUAGAUCAUAUACUCCAGUUUGCACGUUGAACCAUUUGGAUAACCAACAGUCCACUAUUGGAUCUUCUUCAGGCUAUAUACAAGUAUCCACAUCAAUCAGUUCUGCAAAUUCAUCAUAUGCCUCCAUAAAUGAAGACCCCCCUUAUUCUCUAGACUCUUAUGAUAUGAGGGAGAGCAAGGUAAAAUCUACUUCCGUUUCGAAUGUCUCUAGACCUGUGCUAUUAGCACCACUAAAUGAUAGAACUGCAAAUAACAUAGCUAUAUAUGACGAAGACGAUGAUAACCAAGAUUUGGUCCAGCAAGAACGUAGUAGGCGAAGUUCCAAACGUGCAAUGUCCUUAUCCUUGGACGAGAAGGGAAAAUCCAAAGCUAGAAUGAGCAUAGAUGGAUUACGGAGUAAAAUCUCACCAGGUAAGUUUACUGAUUCUAUUGGUCUAGACACCCACAAGUAUGGUGAGUUUCACGUUUUUGAUGAUCAGUAUCAUACAUUUAUCAACCAUCCAUUUGUUCCUUCUUUGAGGCAUGUUAAAUUGUUUUCAAAUGAUGAGGCCAUUUUCUAUUUGAUGAAUUUCCAAAAUACCAAGCUACCAGAGGUUGAAACCAUGUUUCCCUGGCUCCAUGGGAUCCAUAGGGAGAAUUUUGGACAAAUCAAUUUUUUAAGUAGUUCCUCCAACGUCAUCGAGGGCAACAACAAUAACCGGAAAGUCAUCACAUUUGAUAAACCUACUCUAAUAAAUCAGAUACGACAAGAAUCAAUUUUUAUUAAAAGAUCGGAGGGAGAAGUCCAAGAAGAAGAGGAAGAUCCAAUUUCUAGACUAACGAAUACUCCUGACGCACGAUUUUUAAUGCCCAUACGAUCUAGUAAUUUAUUAGGAGAAGUUUCUUCAACUUAUAGCAAUGUGAUUGUUGAAUCAAGUGGACUUAUAAAGGGUAGUGUGUCUAUAGAAGAUGUGUUAGUCAACUAUUCAAGUGUCUCUAAUCUAGAAUGUUACUUGUUGAAGAAUUUACCAAAGGCUAUAUUUAAAGACUAUUCAUUAGAGACCAUUGUAUUGGAUUGUAUUAUUACAAGAGUUUUACCUGUUUUCAAAAAGUUAGAUCCCGAAUUAGGUAUCAAUUUAAGAAAUUUUCAUAUCCAAGUGUCAAAAAUCAGUCACAUAUCUGAUUUCAUUGUCUAUUGCUUCAAUAAAGGAGAUCACCAGAUUUGUAUGGAUCGGAAAAGAGAGGAUUCCUUUGAAAAUAAUAAAUGUAAAUGUUUGAGCAUAGCAAGAUUAUUACAUGUUGCCCAAAUAGUUUACCAACAUGAGCAUCCUGAGAUACUGAGAGGCUACAAUAUGGGAACUUUGCUAAAUGACAAGAAGUAUAAUACUUUUAUUCUGGAAAAUCCGAAUAUUGAGAAAUUAUCAGAAUACGAUCUGAUAAGUAUUGAACCUUUGAAAGUUGACGCAUCUUCCAAAAGAGAUGAUGAAUUAUGCUCUAAAUAUGACUUGAAUGUAUUUAACAAUUGGGAUUCGAAUUAUCUGUACAGGGAAAGGUUGGAAAUCUCGAAAAUGUCAACAGCAACACCGUUGCCUGAUGAUGUAUGGCUGGGAAAUAUAACCGACUAUGAAUGUCUGAAAAUACAACUGAAUAAUAACAAAGACAUAAAAAUGUCGACGAAGAUAGAUGUUAACCGGAUUCUUGAAGAACAAAGAAACAAUCCCUUAUUUUGUAGUCCUACAAACACCAUUACCAAUUUGAGAAAAAUUGAUUUUUAUGAAGGUUUGAGGAACGACGAGUAUGACAAACUACUGAUCACUUUCCCUCGUACUAUAUGGAGGUUUUACAUAAAAUGUGUUGAAAAUGCGAAGAUUCCCACUUUAGAACAACUUAGAUUAAUCUACAACAAUUUUCAAGAUUGUGAUUUCAUAAAUAUAGAAUUUCCACCUUCUGGGUCAAUCACAAUGGCGGAUAUGUCAGAUGAAGAGAUACUUUCCAUCAUUAAUAUCUGCAAGUUCUUAUAUUACAUCACCAAUAGUGAGUUUCCUGGAUUAAUUUAUUGCUCUGAUGGAUACACCGAAUCCUCCUUAUUGACGUUAUGUUAUCUAAUGUAUUCUCUGAAUAUAUGUCUUGAUGAGGCAAUUUUGAAACUACACGUUCGAUAUGGACGACCUUUUUUCAUCUUUAAAACGGACUACGUAUUACUUUCCAAACUGGAAACUAUUAUAAACAAAUUUUCACCAUUACAGACGAAUAUGCAAGAGACGAGGGAUGAUUUCAAGUUUGAAGACGAUACAAGAUCUAUUAGGGUAUUAUUGUUACUAAUGCCCAAGAAGAAACGUAGUGUUGGGACCGCCUGCAGUGUUGGCAGUGUUGGCAGUAUUGGCCACGAGUCCAACUCAUUUGUUACGAACACAGGCCAUCAUGUGGUCCAACUCAGGGGAAAGCCAAAACGUCAUAACAUCACACACGCCAACAACUUUACCAAGUUUGGCACCAAAAACCCCAAUGUCCUAAAAUGUAAGCCAUCAAUUGAUGGCUCAUUUGAGGAAGUUAGUGGAUCUUUGCCAUCAAAGAUUUUAGGGCACAUGUAUCUAGGCUCAUUAACACAUGCAUCCAGUAUUCCCAUGCUAUCAAGAUUAGGGAUAGAAUAUAUCGUUAGUGUUGGAGAGACAAUUCCAUGGAAUAACGAAUUCAAGCAUGAAAAAAUCGAGAGUUCCGAUCCACAUUUGGAGAAAUAUAUAUAUGAAGAUAGUCAAUAUGACGAAAAAUCUCAGUAUUUUUUCCCUAUUAAGAAAGUCAUGGUCUUACACAAUAUUAACGACGAUGGCAUGGGGACGUUAAUUUCGACUCUUGACGAAACAAUAAAGUUUAUCGAUGAGUGUUACCAGAAGGGCAAGAAGGUUUUGGUUCACUGCCAAGUUGGGGUUUCUAGGUCAGCCAGUGUGUGCAUUGCAGAAGUUAUGAGUCGGUUGAAGCUAACGCUUGCACGUGCGUACAUGUUUGUCCGCGUGCGUCGAUUAAACGUGAUAAUCCAACCUAAUUUGAAAUUGAUGUAUGAGUUGUUCAAAUGGGAGGAAAGUAAUAGAUUGAAGAAUAAAGAUGAUGCGGUUAUCACUAACUCAGCUAGAAGUUUGAGAGAAGUUGAAUGGUAUGUUUUAUGUAGGGAAAUUUACAAUUUAAAUAGGGCGUAUAUAAAGUAG